UAACUUUUUAAUUAAUGUUUUUCUAAUUUCCAGGACAAAUGUUAGAAAAUAGAUAAAUUAGUAAUAUGGAAGACACAGAAUAUCUGAAGUUGCCUCUUGAGGAGAGAUGUGUUCACAAGCUGUGGAAGGCACGUGUCAAUGGCUAUGAGGAGUGCAUCAAAUAUUUCUCAACUAUUACUGAUGAGAAAAGUCCAGAGUUCAACAAAUUUGCCCCGCUUAUGAAAAAGCUUGUCACUGACUCCAAUGCUGUUGCACAAGAGAAGGCCCUGGAAGCUGUACUUGCAUUUGCUGAAAAUGCACACAUUGCUGCCAAAUGUGCCACAGAUGUUGCCAGUGGUAUUGUUGCCAAGGCUUUGGGCGGGCCUCGCCGUGGCACACAUGAUAAUGCGGAGGCUGUGCUGCUCAUGUACUGUGAGAUCGAGAAAUAUGCCAUCGUCCAGGAAGAGCUCAUCAAAGGAUUUGCUGCUAAAAAUCCAAAAGUUGUUGUGGCCUGCGUCAAAAUCCUCACAUCUGCUCUACGAGAGUUUGGCCCAAAGGUUAUGGCACCAAAGCCCCUGGUAAAGCAGUUUCCAAGGCUGCUAGAAGACCGAGACAAGAACGUCAGAGACGAGGGCAAGAAGCUCAUGGUGGAGAUGUAUCGCUGGAUUGGUGAUGCCUUGAAGCCUCAGCUCACGGCCCUCAAGCCUGUGCAGGUUGCGGAGCUUGAGACGGAGUUUGAAAAAGUUGCCGGUGAGAAGGCUGUACAAACUCGCUUCCUACGUUCACAACAGGAACUGAAGGAAAAGAUGGCGGCAGCAGGAGAUGAAGAUGCUGGCCAAGACGAAGAAGAUGAGGCUGAUGGGGCUGUCGAAAUUGACCCUGUCGACCUCAUGGACCCUGUGGACAUCCUGUCACAAUUGCCUGCAGAUUUCUAUGAAAAGCUUGAAGCCAAGAAAUGGCAAGACCGCAAAGAGGCCAUGGAGAUUUUGCUGCCACUGACCAAGCAUCAGAAACUGGAGAACGGAGACUACCAUGACCUCAUGAAAGCACUUAAAAAAAUUAUAGCCAAAGAUACGAACGUGAUGAUCGUAGCGUUGUCUGGUCAAUGUAUCGCUGGGCUCGCUGCCGGCCUCAAGAAGAAGUUCUCCGUGUUUGCUGUUGCUUGCACUGAAACAAUCCUCGAGAAAUUCAAGGAGAAGAAAAUGAAUGUCGUCACUGCGCUUAGGGAAGCUGUUGAUGCCAUAUAUCAAUGUACAUCACUGGAGUCUUUACAAGAGACCAUCUCUGCCGCCCUGGGCAACAAGAAUCCCAACGUGAAGGCCGAGACCGCGGCGUUCCUCGGUCGCUGCUUCUGCUACUGCACGCCAACGAUCCUCAACAAGAAACUGAUCAAGGCGUUUGCCACAGAUUUAUUGAAGACCCUCAAUGAAUCAGAUCCAACUGUUCGAGACAACUCUGCAGAGGCGCUCGCUGCGCUCCUGAAGGUGGUUGGGGAGAAACUGUUGAUGCCAUUCUUGGGGGACUUGGAUAAUCUCAAGAUGCAGAAGAUAAAAGAGGCGAGUGAGAAGGUGGAGCUGAAGGUGAAGAUACCAACCGCCAAAGCUAAAGCCAAGCCAGCCCCCGCCGCGGCGCCCAGUAAGCCCGUGACUGUCAGCAGCGGAGGACGUGUCGCCGCUACAGCUGCUCGCCCCGCGCCUGCCAAGGCGCCCCCUCGCAAGGCUAAGCCUCCUGGUGGAGCUGGUGGUGGGGGCAGCGCGGCCACCAAGAGCCCCGCGGUGGUGGAGGAGGCGGAGAUGGUGCUAGAGGCCGCGGUGGAGGCCGCAGGGGAGGUGCUGGGAGCUGCCGUCGUCUCCCAGCUCGCCGACCCCAACUGGAAGGAGCGCCUCGCUGCAAUGGACGCUAUUGUUGCUGCCGUGAGCGAGAUGGACACAAACGCUCCGUGCCAGGCAAUGGUGCUUGUCAUCGCCGUCCAGAAGCCUGGGCUGAAGGAUAACAACUUCCAGGUGCUCAAACUCAGGAUCACGGCCAUUCAAACGCUCGCUGAGAACACGAAAUUCUCGCGGACGUCUUGCGAGGCAUGUCUGGCGGAGCUGGUUGAUAAAUUGGGCGACCUAAAGAACGGUUCGCUGGCAAGCAGCUGUCUCACAGCGAUGGCUGAGGCCGUGUCGCUGGAGUGGCUUGGUCCUGAAGUCACGACGCUCGCCUUCAAGCAGAAGAGUCCUAAGGUGCAGGAGGCGGCGCUGGUCUGGCUCGCGCAAGCCGUCACCGACUUCGGUCUCAUCGUGAAGCCGAAGUCUGUGAUCGCUGACAUCAAGAAAGGCCUCGCUCACACCAACCCUGGAGUGCGUAAUGCGGCGGUGUCUCUGUGCGGUGUCAUCCACCUGCACAUGGGACCUGCGCUACGCACCUUCCUUGAGGACGAGAAGCCUGCCCUCCUACAGCAGAUUGAUGCCGAGAUCGAGAAGCAAACAAUGAUGUUGGCUCGAUUCUACGCUCAGAACAAAGGACGUACAGCGCCUGCACCUACUCGUAAACAGCGCACUUGGGGUGGGGCUGGGCGGGACGCCAGGGGUGGAGCUGGGGGCGCCAGGGGCGGCACUGUGGACGACGAUGAUGAGGGCGGGGAGGAAGACGAGCCCACUAGUGAGGACGUGGCGAACUCUAACGUCCAGGACCUCAUCCCUCGCACCAACAUCGCUGCCCUCGUCACUGACGAACUCAUCGCUGAGCUCGCUGACAAAAACUGGAAGGUUCGCUCCGAGGCACUCAGCAAGAUCUCCGGCGUGAUCAGCUCAGCAAAGUUCAUCACUGCGGACUGGGGAGACCUGCCGGGCGCCCUCGCUGCUCGUCUCAACGACACCAACAAGAACCUGGCGGUUGAGGCCCUCAAGGUGGUGGGGCAGCUCGCCGCCGCUGCCGGGCCACACUGCUCCCGCCACACCCGCACUGUUAUACCUGGAGUGCUGCUCUUGCUGGGGGAUGCUAAGGUGAACGUGCGAGCGUCAGCGCAGUCGGUGCUGGAGUCGUGGGCGGAGCAGGCCAAGCCCAAGGAGCUGCUGGAGGGCGACACCUGCGUCGACGCCCUCAAGAGCGGCACUGUCUUCCUUAAGGCCGCCCUCUUCCCGUGGCUCGCUCAGCAGCUUACUGAGGCUCCUCCAAAGAGCCUCAACAAAGAAGACUUAGGGAACUAUGUGCCCCAUAUUUACUCUGGACUGGAGGACCGCAGCGCUGAAGUGCGUAAAGCUGCGACGGAAGCCGUGCUGCCUUUCAUGCUGCACCUCGGAUAUGAGGGGAUGUUGAAACACACGUCAAGGGUCAAGCCCGCAUCAAAGAACGCACUCAUGGCCACGCUCGACAAGGCUCGCCUCAGUCUCCCCGCCAAGCCUGCACCCACGGUUGCCGCCGCUCGACAGGCACCCGCUAAAACAGCGGGUAAAAUGGCUCGCCCACAGACGGGCGGUGGCGCCGUGGCUCCCGCCGCCGCCGCUGCCAAAAAACCGUCUCGUGCCGCCACAGCUCCUCCCGCUUCUAGUCGUAAAGGCGGCGAUGACCAGGACACGUCGCCGCUACUGCCCGUGAAUGGCCUGAAGCAACAGCGCGCGUCCGACGAACAGAAGCUCAAGGUGCUGCGCUGGGACUUCACUACUCCGCGUCAAGAGUUCAUCACACAACUUAAUGACCAGAUGAUGACGGCUGGUCUUAAUAGGACCCUCAUCACCAACAUGUUCCAUAAAGACUUCAACUUCCAUAAGAAGAGCAUUGACGCUCUCAAUGAGGACCUGGCAGAUAACCUGGAGGCCUGCGUUUGCAACUUGGACAUGAUCCUGCGCUGGAUGAGUUUACGUUUCUUUGACACGAACCCUUCUGUGAUCAUGAAGGCCAUGGAAUAUCUCACUAAUGUCUUCACGUAUCUCUCUGACGACGGCUACCGCCUCAUGGACUUUGAGGCUUAUUCUUUCCUUCCCUUCAUCGUUCAGAAGUUUGGUGAUCCAAAGGACGGAAUCAGAGGCCCGGCGCGCAACAUCGUGCGUCUCAUCGUUCGUAUUUACCCCGCCAGCAAAGUGUCUCCGUACCUCAUGGAGGGUCUCAAGAACAAGAACGCACGCCAGCGAGCCGAGUGCCUUGAGGCGCUCGAGGACCUGAUCAGGCACGCAGGCAUGACGGUGUGCCAGCCCUCGCCCGCCGUCGCCCUCAAGGAUAUCGCCAAGCAGAUCAGCGACAAGGACAAAGUUGUGCGCAACGCAGCACUUAACGCACUAGUACAAGUGUACUUCAUUGAGGGCGAGAAGCUCUACAAAUAUAUUGGACAGUUAUCGAGCAAAGACAUGGGCUUCUUGGAGGAGCGUAUCAAGCAAGCCGGCAAGAACCGCCAGGAGCCUACCCUGCCUACGCCUGCCGUGGAGUUCACGCCGACGGUGCGCAGCGGUGGGGGCGGCGCCCCACGAGGAGGCAACCGCGUCGUGCCGUCCCCAGCUGGCGAGUUUAACCCCCUGGCCCGUGGGGCGGCCGCGGCACUGGAGAGCAACGCUGCGGCUGGGCAAGACGUUAACAGUCUCCUUCAGAGGUACAGACAGCGUGCACCAAGCAACAACAGCGACUCUGGCGCUAAUAAGUCUGCUUUCACGCUCGACUACAGCGUCGUGGAGAAACUGCUAGAAGAUGAUGACAACAAACCAAUCAAGGUGGAGGUGGAGUCUAUCCCUGACUUGAACUCCUUGAUGAACUUCAAUACAAUCUGCCCGACACUUACGUCCAGGUUGGCGCAGCCUGGCUUCACUACCCUGAGUCGCACCAACGCCAACUUGGAGGCUGAAGAUGCAUCUGAAGCCAUCAACCUUGUCAUUUCACAGGUGAGCUCCUCGUCACCAGCUGUGGUAGUGCGUGCGCUGUGCCAGCUGGACGAAGUGAUCUGCAGCACAGACCAGGAGCGCUGGCAGCAGCUGGUCCCCCACGUGGACCAGCUGCUGGUCAUGGCCACGGUCCAGUACCGACUUGUGCUCAAUACGAAGAUGAACGACCCUGGCUCCAGGGGCGACUGCGUCAAGAUCUACAGAGCUCUCACCAAUUGUCUCAUGACGAUCUUCAACCGGCCUGAGCUUGCGGUGGUGGCGUCACGUGACGUGAUGAGUGACGUGUGGCAUGUGCUCUUAUCUACGCUCAUCGACGCUCGUCUGGCGGCGCUCGACGAGGGAGCGCAGAUCAUACGUGCCUUCAACGUGCUUGUUGUGCGCAUGGCUGAGAAAGCUGACUUCACCAGCGUCUUCAGUGCGUCGUUGAAGUUGCUGCACGACUGUGUGGGAGCAGGCGGCAGCGGUGGCAAGUUCGGCGAGCUUGUGCUCAAAUGUAACUGGAAGAUAAUACAAAUGCUGUCAAAACGCACCACCAAUCUCGAUCUGACUGUCAUCUUGACCGAUGUUCAUCACUUCCUCACGUCAUACCCUAUGAACACCUGGAUGGACCGGUCCGACGUCCCUCUACGCACCAUCAAGACCGUCAUACACACGCUCUGUAAAAUAUAUGGCUCGGCUGUGUUGCCGCACCUCGACUCCAUCAAAGGAGCUCAUGGCUCCGACCUGCACAAAUACAUCACAAAGACGCUUAAGAAGGUUGGUCAUGAAGGGUCCGGAGAUGUUGCCAAGGAGACGAGCGUCCCUGACAACCAGAACCUGCUGCAGCAGCACAACAAGCAACAUCAGCUGGCGGCCGCCGCGUCGCAUGCCACCUCCAAGUCCCCCAAGAGGCUCAGCAAAGCCGCCAACAACUCCUUAUCUGAAAUAUUCCGUAAAAUUGGCUCCAAAGAAAACACCAAAGAGGGCCUGGUCGAGCUGUACGAGUUCCAGCAAAUGCAUCCUGAGGCCGACAUCAGUCCAUUCUUGAGCAAAGCUUCGCUGUUCUUCCAGAACUACAUUGAACGCGGGCUCAAGAAAGUCAAAAUGGAGAGAGAAAUGAAAUCUUCGGGUUUAUCCACACAACUGGGCACAGAAACAAAUUCAAACGCAGGUCCCCUGUCCUCCAUCCAAGUGAGCACAGAGGCACAGAAUGCUUCUUUUAACAUGAACGAACUCGUGGACGAGUUUAAAACCUUGGCCAGCAAGGCAGGCUUCGACAAUACCUACAUCGCCUCAGCAGUUAAGGACAUUUGCAGCAGCGAGAAGAGCGACAAAGUUAAAGAUUAUAACAAACUUCUCCAGUCCGUCUCUUCUAUCAACAAAGAUCAGGGCAAAGAAUAAACCUUCAUUAUAGUUAAUAUAAAUUUCUUCGAAAGGAAUUGAAUUCUCAUUUAAACAGCGUAGAAUCAUAGAUUGGUUUUCAUCUAGCGCGGUGCGUGCUGAGCGCGAUCUAAUUCCGUAAUACUCGUCAAAGUUUUAGUCAGCAAAAGUUCCGUUAGUGGAGGGUACCUCGGUCGUUACUGGGGGAAUUGUACCCUUGCAUCCAAAUGCUCUAGUCUGAUUUUGCUUCUGUAUCUUAUUGAUAUGCUCAGCAUGCAACUCUUAACACGUGGUUAUUUCUUUAGCAAUCCCCACAAUUUGCACUUCAGUCCUACUGGUAUUAGCGGUCAUUCUUUUGGAUGUUUGCGUUACUAAAACAAUUAUGCCAUAAAAUACUUAGAUACAAUCGCCAUAACUUAUUUUUUUGACGGGUCUUAGUAACCAAUAUUCGCUCCAUUAUUGUAAAAUAUAUUUUAUUACUACUCUAUCAUCCUGGUCUUGCGUCACUCUUUUUCGAAGGCGAAAAGAUUUUAUUUUCGCUCAGCUUAAAUUCCUUCUCAUGUUCGUAUGCAAGUAUUUUUCGUAUGCUUAGAUGAUCCCUCCUCGCGUGUUCUGUUCUUGCAUAAGAGUUUCAAGUUUCUUAGCUAAUGUUGUUUUCAUGAUUGAACUAAAAGUCAUGCUUCUCUUCGACUUAUAUUGUGAUUUUAACUAAAUUCGGGUCUAGCACUGAGCUAGGCAUUACUUAUUUGCAUGGAGUUAGAGAUUUGCGUGAUCUCCGUUCGAUGCGACAUACGCGCCUACGUUCGUUAUUUUAUUGAACGUAGUUUCUGUUUGCAGUUAACCUUACCGUUAUUAUCUCCAAGCUUUAAAGUCUCAGGUCUGCGAAUGAAAAAUAAUUAUUACACAUUGAGGUCUUCUGUAUACUGUAAUGUUUGCUUUCGUUGUGGGAUAGAUUUGUAUCUCGUGUUUCUCGACUGGCGGAAGUCAUCUGGAGAUCUCAAUGUUAUAUUGAGACUUUCGUGUGUAAUGGUCGUUUUUAAUUUCAGAUUUGUUCCAUUGUACAUUCUUCUAACUCAGUGUUGCAUCAUAGAUGACUUAUCAUUAGCUACGCUAAGGCAGGAUGUGACUAGAUAUAAAUAUAACUUUACAUUAUUUCAUUAACGGAUGUCGCUUUGCUGUGUGCUUUUUAAUACCGAAAAUUACUGAGUGAACGCUUGUAUAUUUAGUAGGGUUUCCUCUUUAUGUCAGGUUUAAUUUGAUAACGAAUGAAAUGCCAUAAAAUUGAAAUAUUUCCACAGCCGGAUAAAAAAUUCGAUGCGUCUAUGCAUAUCACAUAUAACUGACGUUAAAACUUGGGCGCCUGCGGCCAAUUCAAUUCAUGCUUAGUUGUUUUUUUCCUUUGUAGGUACGGUUUGGCAGCCUUUUUUAGCUCUCAGAUUGCCUUUAUCAUAAGCUACGCUGAUGAAUUGGCGUAGACAUUCAGAUUGCCUCUAUGGACAUUCAGAUUGUCUCUAUGGACAUCCAAUUUAUCCCUAGAGCAAAGAUCCGUUCCAGCAGCAGAAAUACUUGAAACUUAACUUGUAUCCAAGGACGACACCAGCGGUUGUGCCAUUAAGGAAUUUGUCGAGGUAUAAAACAGGAUUUCUAUAAUGACCCUAGGAGCGGUACGGCUAGACGCGUAGCACUAGUAUAUUGAAACAAUAAUUGAUGAUGGAGAGGCGCUCAUGUGUCAGGUCACAAAUAAGUGCUGAGGGCCAGACGCUACGCAGAUAUUCUGAUGCUAAUAUAGUCUCAUCUUUUCUUAACGACCAUUGUUUAUGUCAGCUAUCAUAUAGGUUAUUCAUGAAUUCAGAGUUACCAAAUGUUUGAUAGGCUCUAUUUGUCUGAAAGAUUGAAAAUUGUCUGAUAUUUCCUCUGAUGUUUCGACGCCUUUGUGGUUUUAUUAUGACAGGAAAUAUGCUCCCUAUCUGACGUUAUACGAUAGAAUCUUGUUUAUAUCGUGUACGAAGUUGUCGCUAGUUAUUAUAUCUUCUUAAUAUUUGCUCAUGCUACUAAACAAGUUUAGAAUGCGUUAUUUCUCUUAUAAGGUAUUACUUCAUUCUAAUUACAAUGUUUAUAAUCUUUUAGGAUAACCAAUGAAUGAAGCGUCUCACGCAGAAAUUUUAUUCAGUUUAACGACGUUCAACGGAGUUAUUCCCAGCGCGAAAUUUGUGCUCUGAAGUCAUCGUGUGUGCAUCAUUCCGAAGGACGCGACUCGUUCUAGCCUCGUCAUUCCAUCCCUUCUUCAUUGACGACUCAAUACGCUUGCUCUCGUCUCGCGGCAGGUUAUAUUUUUUUACCAAUUUUUAUGUGUUCAAUUAGUUUGGUUAUCAUUUUAGAUUUGUCGAACCCCGCUAAUAAUUUUCCGAGAUUCCAUUUUUUCUUGAUUUUUUCGUAAAGAACAAUCUUGGUUUAUACUAGGAAGCCUACCAGGGUAGCUACUUGUGUCGCGUAUUACAUAUACGAACAUUGUUAUGGCAAUGGUUCCGGGCUUUUCAUUUUUAUCAAUUAUGUCGUAAUAUGACUUCAUGUAUGAAUAAAUGGAUAUCAGGAAUGUUCCCACGUAUGCAUCUCAUAGGAAUUUGUCAUAAGUUUAUGAAUUUCGUCUGCGCUUCCUCAUGUUUUUUCGUAUUCUGAAAUAGAUCCGAGCGUCGCAUCGUUGAUAUGAUUUAAGCUUUUAAUUUUAACUGAUUAUUAGUAAAUCGUGCAUGUCUAUGGACUAAGAAGAUAGUAUAAUUCUAGAUCAAACGAUCGAUCUGCUUGUAACUUAAUUUUGAUUGUAACUGCACUUCCGAACGCGACUUAAACUCUAAGCCAUGUGAGAAUGGUUGCCUCCUAACCACCCUUCGUGAAGUGAUCCUUUCUUAUGACCUCGUGAAACGGCCGAGUGAUGUACCAAAUAUACUUGACGUGCCGC